AUGAACCGCAAUCCGCCCUCUCGUCCACGAAGCGUGUGGAUCGAAAAAGUGAAGAGAACUUUAUCUAGGCGAUUCGCCGCGCCGCCGCCAGUUUGCCACCGCGCGCCGUACACGGCCGUCGCGUUCACCGCGUCAAACGAAGCAAUGAUGUCCGUCGCGUCGAUGCAAAUCGCGCGCACCGCGCGCGCGGGCCCCGCCGCGCGCGUUAACACCCCGCGCGCGGCGCCGAACUCGGUCGCUCCCCUCCCCCGAUCCUCCGCGAGCCGCGCGUCGAUCGUGACCCGCGCGGAGAUCUCCGGUCUGUCCGAGUGCGGCCAGUUCCAGGAGCUGUGCAAGGCGGAGAUCCCCGCGAAGAUCCCGAGGUCGGACUUCCUUCGCCAGAUGUACCGCUGGAUGCUCAUCUCGUUCCAAGACAACGGCCUCGCGGCGUACGGAAAGCGGAUGGAAAUCGACCUCGUGGACGGCGACGACGACAUGACGAACGGGAUGUGCGUGAACAUCUACGGCAUGAAAGACGGCGCGGAGUCGUUGAUCUGCGAGUUAUUCUGCGAGAUGGACACCGAGAUGGUGAACACGUACGACACGUUGAUGCCGAACAAGGACGGCGAGUUAGAGAAGAGCAACCGCAGCGGGAAGGAGGAGUUCGUCAAGGGGAGGUAUUUCGUGAUUCGCCGACCGGUUCCGUUCGACGAGAGCAGCAACAAGGCGCUGAAGGCGAUGAUCAAGGACAUGACGCUCGCGAUCAACAAGUACUACGCGUUCGGGUCGUGCUUCUCCGACGACGCCACGUGAGCGAGUUCAUCCGUCGAGUCUCGUUCGAUCGAGCGACGAGAAGCGCGGCGAGGCGAAGCGCGUUCGACGGACAAUCGUCGCGACGAACGGGGGGAGAGAGAGAGAGAGGAAGAGAGAGAGAGAGAGGCGUCAAGCUGGAGGAGCGCGCGGACGUCGUCGUGGCGGCGGCAUAUUGUAAGACGAUCAUACUCGUGGUU